UUGUUGUAACUUCAAACUUGUAAUGAAAAUGACAAUGAGAACGCCCCUAAUUAUUGGAAAAUUGUUUUAGAAGUGGGCUAAUAUCAAAACAUACGUUUAUUUUACAGACGAAUAUAAUAAUAUAGAUAAAAAAUUCUGAAGGUAGUGGUAAGGUACAGCUGAAAAUGUAUCAAGACAACGAAGAUGAUUGUAAAUUCGCUGCUUGCACGUAUUUUGCGAAGAACCAUCCUGGCGAAAUGUGUGGAAGCAAUGGUUUGCCGCUUACACCAAGUUCUAUAACAAUAUUAGGACGUGCCCAACGUCUAUUGACUAUAGAACACCCAAACUUGUGUACAUAUCUUGACGUAAUUAGAGGUAAACAUGAAAGAAUAAUAGUAGUUGCAGAGGUGAUAGGAAAGUCGCUGAAAGAAUGCACAUCAAAGUUUUCAUUUCAAGAGAUUGUGAACAUUGCUAAGCAAGUAGCAAUAAGUAUGAAGUUCCUGCAUGAUCAGAAUAUUACACAUAGGACACUGUCUGAUGAUAAUAUUCUUAUUGAUAAUGAAGGGAGAGUCAAAUUGUUUAAUUAUGGAUUGUAUUAUAUGACUGAUGGAGGCAGUGAAGUGUCUUUUCCUUUGGGCUUACCAAGAUACCUAAGUCCAGAAACAAUACUAAGUGGUGGUGGCCCUGCAGCUGAUGUUUGGAGCUAUGGUAUUAUACUUCUAGAACUUUCUAUUGGCAAACUAUGGAACAAUCUAAAACCUGGCCCUAUAUUGAGAAGAAUACUGACCCUUGUGCAUGCUAACAACCCAGCAGAGAGGAUAGCUAGGGAACAUGACUGCUUUGAGCAGUAUAAACAAGUACCAGAAAACUUGAGGAAUAUCAUAGAAAAAUGUCUCAAAAUAUAUCCUAGUGAAAGGGCAACAUUUUCAGAAUUAGUAGAAGAUUUAACAAAAAUUGUUUCAAAAGAAUUGGUCGAAGUAAAAACUCCUCGCGGCUUAAUGGGCUGUAAACUGCAAUACCUUUACCAUCUGUGGCAACUGGCCGGCGGCGAUAUUCAAGCGGAAUUAAAAAAGAAUUACCUUAUCAAAAAUAGCCCGCCAAUUUUGUCUAUGCCUAUAGCAAUACUCCUAGACGGCUGCACAAUAGGUGGUAAAACAGGUGCGUUAUUCGACAGAAGACUAGCCAAGUACAGCUUAGACCUUCUAAAGUCUCGUCUCAGUCAUGUACCACCUCAAGACUUCUACCCACUGAUGCAUGAACGAAGAAAAGAAUAUGAUGCAGUUGCUUUACCCAAGAUAAUCAGGGAAAGAGAUACGGAGUAUCAGUUCUAUAGACUUUUAUGGUUCCAUCGGCUCUUACAUGGUUACCCAUACACAGCGCCAUACAUCAGAGCCGAAGCGGAGAUAGAUAUACCGCCGCUAGUUAGAGGCGACGUGUGGGCAGCUUUACUAGGAGUAGUGGGGGACAUAGAGGAUCAGUACGAGAGGAUUGAUAAGGAGACUCCUACUCCUACUGAUAGACAAAUAGAUGUGGACAUACCCCGUUGCCACCAAUAUUGCUGGUUACUCUGCGGCUCAGCCGGUCACAAGACGUUGAAGAGGUUACUAAAAGCCUGGCUACUGACCAACCCGCAGUAUGUGUAUUGGCAAGGACUGGACUCGCUCACUGCACCAUUCCUGUAUCUUAAUUUCUGUAAUGAAGCCCGCGCCUUCGCCUGUCUCUCAGCAUUCGUACCGAAGUUCCUACACAAGUUCUUCCUAAAGGACAACAGCGCUGUAAUCAAGGAGUAUUUAGCUAAGUUCUGGCAGAUGACCGCCUUCCACGAGCCUGAGCUGGCCACACAUCUACACGAGAUCAACUUUGUACCGGAACUGUUCGCUAUACCAUGGUUCCUAACUAUGUUUUCACACGUAUUUCCCCUGCACAAGAUAGUGCACCUAUGGGACGCAUUGCUAGUGGAAGGUCCAGCUUUACCCUUAUUUAUGGGAGUAGGGAUACUGAGACAGCUGAGAGACACGUUACUAUCGUCCGGCUUCAAUGAGUGCAUCCUAUUGUUCUCUGACCUACCAGAGAUUGACAUUGGAGAGUGCGUCAAGGAAUCAAUAGAGAUGUGUCGAAGUUCUCCGAGGAGUGUCAGCUAUAGGAGAUUCACUAAUGAAGCUGUAGUCAAAGAUCCUAUGGACAUAGUGGAAAUCCCCAUGGAAGUGUUAUUCACUGAAAUAAGUCCAAGGAUCAACUUAUCAGAUUUCUUCUCGCUGAUAUGCCAAGAUAAGUGUUGUGUCAUCGACAUUAGGUCUAAUUUACUUUACGAGAAAAGCUGCAUAGAUGGCAGCAUAAACGUGCCUUACAGUGGAGUCCAUUUGGGCCAGCAUGAACUAAGGGCUCUAGGGCUCCAUCCUCAGAAAGUUAUUCAAGAAGCAAUUAAACAAAAGAAAAUGGUUGUCGUCGCGUCGGCUGAAGAUGAGACUGCUCAAUUGUUCAGCGACUACCUAGUCAAGUGCUGCGUACCAAGAGUGUGUAUACUUCACGGAGGAAUAUCAGCUUUAUUGACACACGUUCCUUCUCUCUUCACUGUACCACCCAAACGCAAUGGACAUAAGUGAAAUGACGACAUAGAGUAGAUACAAAAUGGAAUGCUAAGAUGUAGUGGGAUUUGGUAAAUAGACAAAAAAGUGGCAAUAUUAAAUAAAUUAUUAGAUUAUAAAACGUUUGUUGGGCCUAACAGUAGCUCUUUAGAAUAAGAAUGGUCGUGGAUAUACACAGUGAUUCGUAAUUUUGUAUUAGCACUCUAUUGGUGUAUCUUGCGGUUUCUUUUUACGUAUUUUUUGUCCAGGAAAUUGUGACACAUGGGAUUAUACCUUUGUAUUGUUUCUGUGUAAGUUAAAUGAAUUCGCCAUUUUCCGUGUACGAUAAAAAAUAAUGUUUAACAAUGCCCUGAACAUUCGAAAAUAUACAAGUCUGAUUGUAAGGAAAUAUUUAAGCUUCUGUAUUUAGUAGUGGCAGCAUUAUGAUCUGAAUGUAGUUUUAAGCGACUAGUGUUUCUUUUUUGCUAUUUUUGUAUUAUCAGUUUAGAGAAGAUAAGCAUACAUUAGUUGAUUUGUAAACAAUGAGAUUUUAUAUAAAUAUAGGUUUUAAUUUAAGAAUUAUUAUUUCAGUGUUUCUAAGUAUGUAAUUGUGCAUUCCAUUUCAUUUGAACGUGUAUUUUAUUUGCUAAUGUUAUAUAAGGCCCUUUUUCCUCAUACAAAACUGAGUUAUCCAUUUUGUACGUACCAAAUGUUUUUACUUAUCAUGGGUUAUGCAAUAAGUACCUAAUUACAUCUUAUCAAUGGAACAGAGUUGUAUAUAGCAAUAAUUAUAAUAUUAACGAAAUGGCUAUUUAUACACAAUGCGAUGUACUGCUACGAAUUUAUUUAUUAAACAUAUGAACGUUUA